AAAAAAUUAAGAAUACAAUUUUCUAUAAGUAUAUAUUUUUAAACACAAUUGUCAAAUUUUUUUGAAUUGCGCGCAAUUCCGAUCAGCUGUUUGACACUUUAUUCAACAUGUCUGACGUGCCUGCAGAAGCUCCGGAACACUGUCCCGGAACAAAAAGCGAAAGUGCUGGUAAAGUUUCGGCGUGUGCUGGAUGUCCAAAUCAAAGUGCAUGUGCAUCGGGUGCAACAAAACAAGAGGAUCCUGGAAAAGCGCUUGUCAAAGAAAGACUUUCUUCAGUGAAAAAUAAAAUUCUCGUUCUUUCUGGUAAAGGUGGAGUUGGAAAAAGUACAAUUACCUCACUUAUAUCACGAGCUUUAGCUGAUGACAAUAUCAACAGAAAUGUUGCAGUAUUGGAUAUAGAUAUUUGUGGACCUUCGCAACCAAGAGUUUUAGGAGUCAUUGGAGAACAAGUACAUCAUAGUGGAUCAGGAUGGUCGCCUGUUUUCGUAGAAGACAAUUUAUCUGUGAUGUCCAUUGGAUUUAUACUUCAAAAUACAUCCGAUGCUGUUAUUUGGCGGGGACCAAAGAAAAAUGGCAUGAUAAGACAAUUUCUUUCCGAAGUCGAUUGGGGUAAUUUAGAUUAUUUAAUUUUGGACACACCACCUGGUACAUCUGAUGAGCAUUUAUCUGUUUCGACAUAUUUAAAAGAAGUGGGAAUAACUGGAGCCAUUAUUGUCACAACACCACAGGAAGUUGCAUUAUUGGAUGUUAGAAAAGAAAUUAAUUUUUGUCAAAAAGUUAAUAUUCCAAUUUUAGGAAUUGUGGAAAAUAUGAGUAUCUUCGUUUGUCCUAAAUGUGAGACACCUUCAGAAAUAUUUCCUGCACUAACUGGCGGUGGAAGAAAAUUGUCAGAAGAAUCAAAUAUCGAAUUUUUAGGUUCACUACCUUUAGAUCCACUUUUAGCAAGAUGUUGCGAUGAGGGAAAAAAUGUUUUAACCGAAGUUCCAAAUUCUCCAGUGAUACCUGUCUUAAAAUCAAUAGUACAAAAAAUUGUAAAAAAAUGUGAAGCUGCAGAAGAAGAAAGUAAAUGAUAUAGAGAAUAGAAGGUUUUACAAUAAUAUGGAAUUUUUAUAAUUUUGUAUACAUGGUAUGUGAUUUUUGUGAAAAAUGUUAAUAAUAUAUGAAAAUUUGCCAUUUCAAUAGAUUACAAAAUAUUUUUUUAAAUAUUAAAACUCAUUGAUUGCAAUUAAUUGUUGUUAUUAUAAAAUAAAACUUUCUCUAAAUAUA